AUGAAUAUAAAAUAAUACUCAGAAAUUGAAAAAGCUAUUUAUUUAUUUAUUUACUUAUUAUCCAGGUUCUAGCUUAAGUAGUUUAUAAUUUCAAGUAAAUUGAUCAAAUCAAUUUAAUUAUUUUUAUAAAAAAAACGCAAACAUUAAAAAUUAUUUAGUAGACUUUCAAAUAUAUCAAGUAAAUAUUUAUAUCAAAUAAAGGUUGAAGAAUAUUCAUAAAUGAUAGAAAAUAAUGAGUUGGAUCUUUUUUGUUCAAGCUGCCAAAACAUGUUUGAUGAGAAUAAUCAUCUUCCAAGAAUGUUACCAGAAUGCGGCCAUACAUUUUGCAAUUAAUGUCUUGUAUAAAUUCUUGAGAAAAAUGAUUUUAUAGAAUGCCCAGAAGAUAACAUAGUAUCAAGUAGAAAAGAAGUAGUUAGCUUUCCUAAAAACUACUCUUUGAUCAAUAUAAUAAGGAAAAAAAAGAAGUUGAGUGAAUAUUCCUCACCUUUGCAUACGUUUGAGCAAGAAACAUAAUCAAGUGAAAAAGGAGGAUCUAGCAGAAAAAAUAGCAUACAAUUAACUUCUUUCAAUAGUAGUAUUAGAAACUCUCACGAAGAAGAUUAAACAUAGACUCUGCAAUAAAAGAAAAAAUGUAAAGAUCAUAAAAAAGAAAAGGACAUAGUUUGUUUAGACUGCAGGCAAGCAAUAUGCUCAAAUUGUGCUUUAUUUGGUGAACAUAAAAAGCAUGAAGUAGCAAGUGAAGAAGAUGUAAUUAAAAACAUUACAGAGAGGGCAGAAACUCUUCUCUAGGUUUAUGAAGAAUUAGAAGAAAAAUCUGCAUUAAUAAAUACAACUCAUUAUAAAGAUGUUAUACAUACUCAUUUAAUAUCAGUAUAGUAAUCCCUUCAAAGUUAGUUGAAUCAACAAUUUUAAAGUAUUAUUAGGCAAAUAGAAGAGAAGAAAAAUAAAUUAUAUGAUGAAAUAAAUAACUUAAUUGUGUAAACAGAAGGGGGUUUUUAUAAAAUACUAGAUUUGUCAAAGUAGAAUUUGCUGAAUGAAAUCGAAGAAUGGAAAAAAAAGGCAUAGGAUAAAUUAUAAAAUCUUUGUGAGUUAAGUUCAAAGAACGAGAUUAUGUUCGAUAUGCUAGAAGUCAAGAAUAAUUAAAACCUUGAUAUAAUUGAUUAAGGCGAGGAAAUGUUGAGAUAAAUCAUAGAAAAUAAUUCUAUCAUAUCUGAAAAAGUAAAGAUGAUUCAACUUUAAGAAACUAAGUUAGAAUUUGAUCCAAGCUUUUAAAAUUCGCUAAAUAACUUUAUUAAGAUCAAAUAAAUAAAAGAUGAUAAAAAUAUUUAAAAUGCUAAGCUUUAAGAGCUACUAAAAUAAUCAGAAUUGACAUAUAAGUAAUAAAUUAGGUUAGAAUUUAGAAAAAGAUCUUAAUACAAAAAAACAAAGAAGUAUCUUGAUGAAUUUUAUAACUAAACUAAAAAAUACAAUACGCACUUUAAUUUUGGUAAAAACGAGCAAAUAUUAGAAGCUAGUGAGGCAACAGAAUUAGUUUAAGACAAAUAAGAAGACGACUUAAUUAGGAGAGCUAUGAAUAGAAAUAACUAAGAUGAUGAUUUAAAUGAGGAAUAGCUUAAAGAAUCAUUACUAAUUAACUAAGUAUCAGAUGCUAAUAAUAUUAUUAAUUUUGAUGAGUUAUAAUAAAGCUAAAUAAUUGGCAACGAUUUUAUUUUAAAACCUCAUGCUCAUAACCAGGUCUAAAAUGAUCAGAAACAGCACUUUACGAGGGUUAACUCCAAUUUUUAUAUGCAUAAUAAUGAUAACUGUAAAAAGAAUAAUGAAGAAGAUCUAGAUGAUGAAAAUCUCAUCUCAUAAAUUAACAAUAAAGAUUUUCUCUUAUCAUCAAUGUUAUCAUAUCAUAAUUUAUCUCUUAAUGAUAUUAAUUUACUUGAAGAAUAAAUUCACACUCAUGAAGUUACUGGUACUGCUGAUAUUAAAAAAAGUAUUCUGCUAAGCUUGGCUAAAGAUACUAACUUAUUAAAUGAGGAUGAUGAUGACAAAUUUCUUGAAGAGUCGAGCAAGAGUUAAACAGACCAUAGAUAAAUACUACAUAUAAAAGAGUAGGCAAAAUUUUUAAAUUUAAUUUAAGAGAUAUUUGGAAAUAGUAUAGAGAUUGUCGAUCUUUCAAAUAUGGAAAUAGGUGAUAAAGGUUUAGAAAUAUUAGCUAUUGCUUUGAAAGAAAAUAGCUCCAUAAAAACUUUGAAGUUAAACAAAAAUAAAAUUACUGAUGAAGGUUUUAUAAAACUUAUUGAUUUAGUUGAAACUAAUUGCAAAAAUAUUGAGGAAAUAUACUUAUAAAACAAUUAAAUAACUGAAAAAUCUCUAAACAAAAUAUAAGACUUAAAAAAGAAUACAAUAUGCAAAAUAAAAAAUAUCUACCUUAAAGACAACAGCAUAGCUGAUAACAAAGUUAUUUAAGGAAUUUUAAGUAAUGAAAAUAAAUUAGGAAUUAAAAUACAUUUUUGA